GUUGGUCGGCUAUUCAAACAGUCACGGGUCCAUUCUUUACCUUCACUCGGUCGCUUUAGUUUGCUUCAGCUCGUUGCCAGGUAAACAGCAACGCAAACAACUGUUUUCGCUUUAAUUUACUACGAACUACGACUAUGACUGUUUCCGAUGAUUUUAAUGCUGUCUAGCAUGCAAAAAUAGUUCAAUUUCAAAUUCAACUGCGAUGCUGGUGGCCAGCUUUAAGUUCCUUUGUGAUAUGUCAGAAACAAUCGAGAAAACACAGAGAUAAUAGUUAGCCAUGGAUCCUGGCAUCAUUUGUUUUCAACACUGCGGCCCGAAAGUGUUUUGUUUUACCCUACCAGAUACCUGUCCAGUAUGCGAAGAGGACCUAUCACAGGCCAAUUUUUCGCUCUUGCCAUUCAGAGUUCCUUAUCCGUUCAUCCAAGCUUCACAAUAUCCAUGCGCCGUGGUCAUCAAACCAACUACAGGUGAUUUUUUAAACGAUUAUUACAAUUCUAUGGACCUGCACAUAGGUGUAACAACAUCAAGCGGAACCAUAGUCGAAUUUGACAAAAACGGUCUUCGACGACACAGAAGCGGUCAAUGGGGCCAGUGUCUGCUUCUUGAUCAAGCUCCAGGGCCAUGGGCCGAGCACUGGGACAAGACUUUACUUCAAGUCUGCAAACAGAAGUGUUGGUCUUCCAAAUCCUACAGCGAGCAUAAACAUAACUGUUACAGUUUUGUGUUGACCUUCUUGAUGAGUCUGAAUUAUGGAAAUCUGAGUAAUGCUGCUAGAAGCAGAACGACGUUUUGCGAAAAAUUUAUAGUUCCUAGAACAACAUCCGCUGGAAAAUAUAUUUCUUUAUACAGGAAGUUGAAAGAGUUUGGGUUUUAUGUACAUAGGAAUAAAAACACAUGUAAAUGAUAUAAGAAUUUAUUGUUAGGGAUUAUUAUGUAGUAGAGCUAGAAAACCAAAUGCAUUAAACGUUUAUUGUAAAUA